AGUCAUGGCUGUUGCAAUGUUGUAUUCGAAACAGUUGUAAUGGCAGUUACCCCAACAGUAAUCCUAAACCUAUCCCUAACCCUAACCCAAACAAAACAGCCCUAAAGAAUACGCAUAGCCACCCCUAUAACCGAGUGGUCAACCCCGGAAAGGGAUCAGCCCACACAUACAGCUAGAGUAACUAUCUGUGAACACAUCAAAUGGUCUCUGUUUGACCCUUGUGUUCUGAGGAAGAAGGCACGUCAACCAAACUCUCAGAACUACGGCUGAAGAUGGCAACAGCAUCCGAGAUCGCUAUCCCCCAGUCUGCAGCAGACAUCGCCCCCUCCUGGGUGCAGCAGGUAUUGCAGAAGGAUCUCCCGGGCAUCACCAUCACGGACGUCGAUGUCAAGGGAUCCAUCAGCGAAGGAGAAGGAUUCAUGAGUAGCAUCAUCGCCUUUGAUGCUAUGGGGACAAGGAAUGGCACAACUCAGCGCUACAGUCUGGUCGCUAAACUGACGGAUUUUGCGCGGCCGUUGACCGUAACAGAAGAGUGGUCAAAGGACUUUCAUAUCCGAGCCGAGACGUUGGAGGUCAAGUUUUACUCUGAUGCAGUUCCCGAGCUCUUGUCUGUGUUAAUCUCAAACACAGAGCGUGAAUCUACGCCAAUGAAUGAAGAUGAAGAAAAUCCUCCUCCUACUGAUUCCUUGUUCCUGCCAAAAUGCUACUUCGCCGCUACAGAUCCAAACUCCAUGCUGUCCGUCAGGGUAAUGGAGAACUUGAAAACUCAGGGGUUCUCUAUCAAACCCGACCGCCAACCGCUGGACCGUGAGGAGAUGAUGCUUGCUACCGGGGCCCUGGCUCAGCUACACGGCCUGUCACAUCUACUGGAGCUCCGUCUCGGCAAACCCCUUGACGAGCAGUACGACUGGAUCAUGACGUCCAAAGAUACUUUAGCUGCGAAGGAUGAAAUAACCCACGUUUAUCAAAAAAGCGUGAAGGAAUUCGCCACAGCUUUUCCUGACGUCCAGACAGACCUCGUAGCUCGACUGGAGAAGUUGGACCCCAUGAUUAUCUUUGGGGAGACCUCGAAGCGUAAGGUGCUUUGUCAUACGGAAUGUUGGAUCAACAAUAUCAUGAUUAAGUACGACGGAGACAGGCCCAUCGCAGCAAGGCUGGUGGACUGGCAGAGUCCGAUGCACAAGCCGCCAACCUACGACCUGACUCUCCUGUUCCUGUGUAACGCGAGCUGGGACGUCUUCCAUAACCACAGGGAUGCCAUUCUGGCUCACUAUCAUCACAAACUACAGGAGACCAUGGGUCCCAACGAAUCCUCGGGCCUAAAGAGCUAUACGCUGGAACAGUUGAAGGCAGACUUCAGAGCCGACUGUCUGCACGGGUUGAUCAACCGGUUCAUACGCCUGGCGGUCCUGCCUGCAAGUGCAGACCUGCUGAGGAUGAUCCAAGAGAUCCAGGAGUGGGGAGUUCUCUAAAGUUUUACGUUUCAACAGUAGAUCAGUAUAUCCAGUGCUCAUGUUUAUUUGUUUGGUUGGUUGGUUGUUUUGUUUGUUAAAGAAGUUAGGGCCGUUUCUUUUGUGAGAAAAAAAGUUUAAAUAACGUACACGUCACUCAUAUUUCUUUUAUAGCAGAGAUGUAUCAGUAGAUAAGUAUAGCGAUGCGUAGUCCAUUAACAGUCAGUGCUUGUGUUUUGUUUGCUUGUUUGUUUGUUUGUUUGUUUGUUUGUUAAAGAAGAAAGUGCCACUUCUUUUGUGGGGAAGAAGUUAAAUGUAAUCAUAUAUAACGUUACGGUCGUACGUUUCACGUCAUUUAUUUUUUUUUAUGGCAGGAACUUAGUGAGAGGAAAACAGUAACCUUUAGCUUACAUAGUUAGUAAUCUCUUGGAGAUUUUUACGUAACGUAUGUUAAUUCGCCAACUGUGCCACUUACACAACAAAGUUUAGGAAGGUUGAAACAACAAAAUAACUAAUGGACGCCUUUUUCACGACAACGUUUCAGUUGGAUUGCUCACGGUCUCACAAUGCCCCCUAGUGAUCAGAAAGGAAAAUGCAGCCCUUUCGUUGACAUUAGGCAGAGAAAGCUUGAAGUUGAUUGGCUGCUGUGGUGUUCAAUUGAUACGCUACCACUGGUCAACGUGUAGCAUCUCUACCAAUGAGAAUGCUUAAGACAUGAUGAAAUUGACCAAUCAUAGACAUUAUCAAAAUCUUUCCAUCUGGAAUGAUGGUAAUAAUUAUUUUGUCCGCUAGGCGGCGCUUUUGUAUCAGCACGCCGUUGCGCUGUUCAACUAUUGUUGUUCUUUGAUUUAUGACCAAAGCCUGUACAUUUCUUUAAGACAUUAGCCUUCAUUUUCACCUGACUUCAUAAAAUAUUCAUAUCGGUUACGGACAUGAAUAGAGAUGUUCUCUGGUAAUUAUAGUUUUCUUAGCCAAAGAAAUGCUGAUUUUAUUCUGUUUAAUGAUUUUAAUACUGACAUCAGUGCCACUAAGUUCUAUAGCAUACAUUUGUACAUUGUAUCACUGAAUAUAGGAUUAAAAGUUUUGUUGGUUGU